AUGCCAGUGCUGGCGCCCGAUGCUGAGUCAGAAAGAGGUAUCCCGAGAUCCCCCUCUGAGGCGCGGCGCUCGGAGGAGGCCAUGGAGGAGCUGGAGCACACCUGCCCUCAGCCUCGCCUGACUCUGACGGCACCUGCUCCAUUUGCAGAUGAAACAAGCUGUCAGUGCCAAGCCCCCCAUGAGAAGCUAACCAUUGCACAAGCCCGCCUGGGAACACCAGUUGACAGACCUGUCAGAGUGUAUGCAGAUGGGAUAUUUGACCUCUUCCACUCUGGCCAUGCUAGAGCUCUUAUGCAAGCCAAAACUCUAUUCCCAAACAGCUACUUACUAGUAGGAGUUUGCAGUGAUGAUUUAACUCAUAAAUUCAAAGGCUUCACUGUGAUGAAUGAAACUGAGCGAUAUGAAGCCCUCAGACACUGUCGUUAUGUGGAUGAGGUCAUCAGAGAUGCACCCUGGACACUGACACCCGAGUUCCUUGAAAAACAUAAGAUUGACUUUGUAGCCCACGAUGACAUCCCGUACUCCUCCGCUGGCUCGGAUGAUGUAUACAAACACAUAAAGGAGGCAGGAAUGUUCGUACCAACGCAGAGAACCGAAGGUAUCUCCACGUCGGAUAUCAUCACAAGGAUCGUCCGGGACUAUGACGUGUACGCCCGGCGCAACCUCCAACGAGGAUACACCGCCAAAGAGCUGAAUGUUAGUUUUAUAAAUGAGAAGAAAUACCGCUUUCAAAACCAAGUGGAUAAAAUGAAAGAAAAAGUCAAGAAUGUGGAGGAAAAAUCAAAAGAAUUUGUUUACAAGGUGGAAGAGAAGAGCCAUGACCUCAUUCAGAAAUGGGAAGAAAAGUCCAGGGAAUUUAUUGGCAACUUUUUAGAGCUGUUUGGACCCGACGGAGCCUGGAAGCAGAUGUUCCAGGAACGAAGCGGCCGAAUGCUCCAGGCUUUUUCUCCCCGGCAGAGCCCCAACAGCAGUCCUACGCGAGGCCGUUCUCCGUCCCGUUCUCCAUCUCCGCCCUGGGUCUUCAAUAAAGCCUCCCCUCCCUCUUCUCCAAAAGCUGCCUCUGCCUCCCUCAGCAGCAUGAGCGAGGGAGAUGAGGAUGAAAAGUAAAAUAUAUAUUUUUUUAACCAUGAGACAGAAGAACAAGCUGUGAACUCAACCGCUGGAUGGGGAGAAGCGUGAGGAACAGCUGGGCUAUCUCUGACAGCAGGGAACGUGCUCUGGGAGAAGAUGCUGAAACCAGACUGGAGCACAGCAAGGGAGAUCUCAGGAAGAGCUUAUCCCAUCCCCGUUCCCUCACGGUGCCCAGAGGCCCUGCCAGCAGCGCUUACCAGACAUGGUAGCGGGGACCGACAGAAAAACAUACACCUUUGUGCAAGUUCCUCUCCAUGUCUUGCUGCUUACAGCUGCUGGGGCCAGGCCGGCUCGGCGGGGAACUCUGCACCGAGCGGGACCGGCAGGAGAAGCCCUGUCGGCUCCUGAUCCGGACCUGGCACACAGGCAACGCGAAGGCCGUGGCCCGUGGAUGGAGAAGAUGCAGUUGUACCGGACCCUGCUAACCUUGAGCUCUUCUGGCACGUGAAGAAAUGGCAUUGCUGCAGCAAAUACAUUUAGAAACGGGAAAUAAAAUUUUACUUUUUUUCUUUUUGAAUGAAAUCUGCCCCAGACCCCAAACCAUGCCAGCGAAAUGGAGAGCUCUCCAGCUGAGUUGGUGGAAAUCCAUUUAAUAUAUUCAAGCUGUUGAAUGCUGCUUGUUGACCAAGCCUCUCUACGGGGUGUAUGUAAAGAGUCAGGCUGCAUUUGCUUUAUCAAAUUGCUCUCCAUGUUCCUAGUGCCUGAACAGCUACCCCAUAACUUCUGUUUUGCUCCCUGGCUUUGCACUUUGGAGGAAAGAAGAUAAAUGA